CAUUCAACACAGUGUGUAGUGUGGUCUAAGGCUGUUGCUUGAGAUCUGAAGGGUGAUAUUGGCAAAAAGUGUCAGCAGCACACAGCUGCCUAUGAGGAGCUUCUGAAAAUGACUUUUUUCUACACGGGUUCACUUUUCCUAUAAAGCUGUCCCCAUAGGAGAACCCUUUUUGGUUCCAGUAACAACACUUUUUGAACCCAAAACUGUUCUCUCUGGAACCACAAAGGGAUCUCUUAUGAGGACAACUGAAGAACCUGUUUUUUGCAUGUCUCCCUCCCUGCCUGCUUGUCCGUUUGUCUGUCUGUCUUCCAGUCUACCUGCAGUUUAACGGGAGCCGUGGGUGCCUCCAUAGCCGUCAGGGAGAAGGUCAGGCAUGCUAGGACAACCGCAGAAGAACGCAGUCACAGUGACCAGAAAAUGGCUGAUCAGGUCAACGUCUCCUCAGACCCACCGCCGAAUUGGAGGGAGGCCUAUCUCAUCAACGUCAUCACCUUGCCCCUGUCCACCGCCAUCAUCCUGGCCAACCUUGUCAUCAUCCUGGGCAUUGCCUGCAACCGCCAACUCCACAACACCACCAACUACUUCUUCCUCAGCCUGCUGGUGGCUGACCUGUGUACGGGCGUGGCCCUGCCGUUCGUCCCCUGGAUGGGACUAAGCCGCUCGCUGAGUUUUACUUCCUGUCUCCUGGUUCACAUUUUUCCUAACUUCUUGUUUCUGGCGUUUCUAUUCAACCUGGUGAUGGUUCAUUAUGAGAGGUACAUGUGCAUCGUGAGUCCGUUGCACUACAGCGGCAUGUGGGUUCACCGCCUCUUCCCGCUGGCGCUGUUCGCCGUAUGGGCGCCGCCGCUGCUCUUCGCCUCCCUACCCGCCUUGGGCUGGAACAACCGAGCCGCGUCUGACCGUCAUAUCAAUAACACAGGCCAAGAAUGCUGCUCUUACAAACACGUCUUCCCCAACGCCUUCAUCUACCUGGAGGUGUACGGCCUGCUGGUGCCCGCCAUCUUGUCCAUCGCGGGCAUGACGGGACGAGUGCUGUGGAUCACCCGUGGCCAGAUGAAAGACAUCUGCCGCCUGCACCGCUCGGUAGCGACCAGAGGGGAUCAGGCGUCUUACCAGGAGCAGCAGCUCAACCUACGCUACUCUCGCUGCGUGGUUGCCGUGUCACUCACCUUCUUGGCCUGCUGGGUGCCCUACAUCAUCUACACGCACGUGGGCGUGGCGUUCCUGCUCAGCGAGGAGCCGCAAGGGAACUCCACCACGCACAUUGUGCUGUCCUGCACUGGGAUCGGCAGCAUGACCGUGGUACCGCUGGUUUUGGGGCUGGCCAAUAGGCAGUACACGGAUCCGUUGAGGAAAGUCCUUCAUAAACUCAGGGACCGAUGGAGAUGGAGGAACGACUCUGGGGACAUUGCUCUUUGAUUAACCAAGGCAGCUGUCAUUUCUAUUACCCUAUUGGAAUUAUUGGGUUGUUGCACAUGGAUUAUGUAGCUGGAUCUACUCAUGGAGUACGCUCUGAGCGCAGUGGUAGGCCCUAGUCUGUCUAGACCUCAGUUUAGGGGAACUGUUGCAGAAAAAACACAUUUGAUUAGCUGUGCAGGAGUGGUAGGGUUGCCACAUCUCUCUUAUGCCCACCAGAAUUUGCUCACCACGUAUGCUAACUCUUAGCCACAACAAGAUGUAUUGGAAGGAUGAGUGACUCUGGACGUUCAAGGCAUCAUCAUACAUGUACACAGUGGCGAACUGUGACUAUAGGAACCAGGCCCUCAGUUGCGGAUAAAGAUUAGACGUCAUACAUAUAGAUCAAGAACUCGGAUGCCUGUGUUUCUUCCGCCACUCAAGGUGUGGCGGAAUAAAUUAAACCACUCACAUUGUUUCAAGACCAUGGACAGUAAAUGUUGUCAGAUAAUUAUUUUUUCGAUGUUCUAUCUCCAAGUAUGCAAUAAAAAAAACACCACAACCCGAUAUGUCAUGUAUCCAGUAAAAAAUCCAGUGUUUUUACCACAUAACCAGUGAUCUAAAGUUGAAAUUAUAUUUUACACAUUGCAUUCAAAUUGAUAUAACGAGAUAACAAAAAGCAGGCUGUAGAUUAAAACAAACAUUCCACUCACCAUUACAGUUAUCAUUUAAAAACGUAGUCCAUUCUCCUGUCCUUUAUAAAAGGGGCAGGUUCAUAUAGCUUCUCUAUU